UCCGCCAGUCUCCACUUCUACCGCGCCUCCAGUCCACGGAGCUCCAGGUCUACAAUGGCAGCGGCCGCCAGCCCCGCGUUCCUUCUGUGCCUCCCGCUUCUGCACCUGCUGUCUGGCUGGUCCCGGGCGGGGCGGGUCGACACACACUGUCUUUGCUAUGACUUCAUCAUCACUCCUAAGUCCAGACCUGAACCACAGCGGUGUGAAGUUCAAGGCCUGGUGGAUGAAAGGCUUUUUCUUCACUAUGACUGUGUUAAUCACAAGGCCAAAGCCUUUGCUUCUCUGGGGAAGAAAGUCAAUGUCACAAAAACCUGGGAAGAACAGACUGAAACCUUAAGAGACGUGGUGGAUUUCCUUAAAGGGCAACUGCUUGACAUUCAAGUGGAGAAUUUAAUACCCAUUGAGCCCCUCAUUCUGCAGGCCAGGAUGUCUUGUGAGCAUGAAGCCCACGGACUCAGCAGAGGAUCUUGGCAGUUCCUCUUCAAUGGACAGAAGUUCCUCCUCUUUGACUCAAACAACAGAAAGUGGACAGCGCUUCAUCCUAGAGCCAAGAAGAUGAAAGAGAAGUGGGAGAAGAAUAGGGAUGUGACCAUGUUCUUCCAGAAGAUUUCAAUGGGGGAUUGUAAGAUGUGGCUUGAAGAAUUUUUGAUGUACUGGGAACAAAUGCUGGAUCCAACAAGUGGAAGAUGAUGUCAAGAAGCCCUUGUUAGCCUGGUCUUGUCCCUCCUCUCCCUUCAGGGAGGCCGCCUGUCUACUCACCACUGUGCCUUUCUGGAAAGCAGGCAUUCAAGCCUUAGCAAGCCCACAGGCCCCGGCAGAUGAUGAGGACAUUGUAGACUCAACAUCUCAGGCCACUCAUUACCUUUGCUCAUGAUCCCAGCAGCCAUUUUUCUUAACACCUUCUGCCACUUUCUCUCAGUGCUAAUGGAUGGAAUUCCUGCACAAGUUUUAACUGAACAAGAAAUCCCAGUAAAAGGCAUUUUCUUUCUACUUCUUUGAUUGUGGAAAAGCAGACACUUCUCUGAAGCAUGACCUUAUUCUUCCAAAUGGUAUUGCUAGUCAAAUAGCAUGCAGGACUUCACACCUCAGGGAUCCUUUCGAUGCACUGACCAGGAAUUGUGAUAAUCCUUUUUAUUUUUAUGGCUUUUUACAGUCUCUCAUUCUGUCAACCAUACUGAAGUGAAGUGGCAUAAUCAUCACUGACUGUAAUCUCCAGCUCCUGGGCUCAAGUGAUCCCCUAGACUCAGCCUCUAGAAUAGCUGGGACUACAGACACAUGCCACCAGGCCUGGCAAAUUGUUUUAUUUUUAGGUAGAGAUAGGGUUUUCCUAUGUUGCCCAGGAUGGUCUUCAAAUCUUGGUCUCAAGCAAUCCUACCACCUUGGCGUCCCAGUGCUCUGGGAUUACAGACAUGAACCACAGCGCCUGUUUAGAAAUUUUUAUUUAUUUAAUAUGAAAAUAUUACAUUCAUGAUUAUUUUAUUUAGUAAAUAAAAUAAUAGAGAGCCCAGAAAUCAACGUGCACACCUACCGCCAUCUACUCUUCAACAGAAAUGGGCAAUGUGGGAAAGACUCCCUAUUCGAAAAUUAGUGCUGGGAUAUCUGGCCAACCAUAUGCAGAAUGAAACUGAACCCCUACUUCUCCCCAUAUAUGUAAAAUAACUCAAUAUGGAUGAAAGAUUUAAAUGUAAGUACUAAAACUGUAAAAAUCCUGGAAUACAACCUAAGAAAUACCAAUGUGGACAUAGGGCCUGGCAAAGAUUUCAUGAAGAAGGCACUAAAAACAAUUGCAACAAAAACAAAAAUUGACAAAUGGGGCCUCAUUAAACUAAAGAGCUUCUGCACAGAAAAAGAAACUAGCAACACAGUAAACAGACAGCCUGUAGAAUGGGGAAAACUAUUUGCAAACUCUGCAUCUGAUGAAGGUCCAAUAUCCAGAAUCUACAAGGAACUUAAACAAUUCAACAAGCAAGAAGAAAAAACCCAAUUAAAAUUGGGCAAAGACAUGAACAGACACUUUUCAAAAGAAGACCUACAAUUGGCCAACAAACAUGAAAAAAUGCUCGGUAUCACUAAUCAUCAGAUAAGUACAAAUCAAAACCGCAAUGAGUUACCAUCUCUUACCAGUCACAAAGUCAGAGAUGGUGGUGAGGGUGCAGAGAAAAAGAAACAGACACUGUUGGUGGGAAAGCAAACUUAUUCAGCCGCUGUGGAAAGCAGUUUGGAGAUUUCUCCAAGAACUUAAAAUAGAACUACUAUUCAAUCCCGCAAUCCCACUACUCGGGAUAUAUCCACAGGAAAAUAAUUCAUUUUAUCAAAAAGACACCUGCACCAAUAUGUUCAUUACAGUGCUAUUCUCACCAGCAAGGACAGAGAAUCAAUCUAAGUGCCCAACGACAGUGAAUUGAAUGAAAAAAAUGUGGUACAUAGACACUAUGGAAAACUGUGCAGCCAUGAAACACAAGAAAAUCAUGUCGUUUUCAGCAACAUGGAUGGAACUAGAGGCUAUUAUCCUAAGCAACCUAAUGCAAGAACAGAAAACCACAUACUGCAUGUUCCCAUUUGAAAGUGGCAGCUAAACAUUAAAUUCACAUGAACCACAGAUGCUGGAGAUCACCAGACGGGGGAGAGAGGAGGGGCACCUGGGCUGAAAAAACACCUGUUAGGUAUCAUGCUUACUGUUUGGGCGAUGGGAUCAUUGGGACACCAAGCCUCAGCCUCCCAAAUUCUAACCAUGUAACAAACCUGUAUAUGUACUUUGUAUUAUAUAGGUUGAAAUUAAAGAUGAAUAAAUAAAAUAAAAUGACACAAGGCCCAAAAAAAUGGAGUUAACUGACCAGAGCGAGAGAACUCUGCACUAUGAACCCAAACCCAGUUCAAAAAGAUAAAAUCCAGUCAUUUAAGAUAAUCAUAAAUUGUAUGAUGAUAAUUGUAUAAAAAUUUGUAUGAUGCUGAUUGUAUAAAAAUUAUACAUGAAAGUGCCAAAACCCUAAAAUUAAACACUGUAUAAUGGAAUUACA